UUAUUUUUAGUCCACGUGGAUCUCCGACCCAAAACCUGUCUAACACUGUUCUUUUCCUAACACAUCUUUGCUUGAAAUGUGUUGAGAAUACAUGUUUAUAUGUCUGUAAUUUAAAUUAGUCUUUUAGGAAAGAAGUUACAUCAAUCUCCCCACAUCUCUAAGGCAUAGUUCAAAGAUGUACAUUUUUGUGUCAACAUUUGUAACCAUUAGAAAAUUGAAAGUUUUGCCUUGAAGGAUACGCGGAUUUGGCCCUGUAAACAAUCACGUGUCAACUCAACAGAGGAAAAACAUGUUUGGAGAUUACGUGCAUGGAUUUCAUCAAACAAUCUCCAUGCAUAUCGCAGAAUAUCCAAAGGGAACCAAGGAAUCCGAAUCCCUUGCCAAGGAACAAAGAAUGGUGAAAGAAGGCACUAAGAUGAAAGACACAAGAUAAUAACAAAGCUAUACUUUUUUAUAUUAUGUUGGAAGCCAACUUAAGAUAGUAACCAAUUGCAACUUAGCCAUUAAGGAGGAGGGCUUUUCAAGCUUCAACAUAAACAUUGUGUGUUCUCAUAUAUCAAUGCAUUUUCCUUGAACCAGACGAUAUAUGAGACGCGAUGUUACCAAUGAUGUUAUUCCAGCUUUAAGAAAGCAAUGUCUGAAUUGUCAAAAUCCAAGAAGACAAGUGAACUUGUUUCAUGAAUAUGGCAUAUAAAACUGUCAUGUUUCUAGCCUCUUCUCCUGCUCCCGUUUUACCAUCAGACACCAACCUUUGUUAAGAGCCAUGGCCACCAACAAAGGUGUCCUCUCAACACUUGACAAAGCCAAGACACAAAGAUAUCACUACAAGGCAAUUGGGAUAGCAGGGAUGGGGUUCUUCACUGAUGCAUAUGAUCUCUUUUGCAUCACUGCAGUUAUCAAGCUCAUAGGUCGCUUGUACUACUAUGACCCCAUGAGUCAGAGUCCAGGGAAGCUUCCAAAGAAUGUAAGCAAUGCAAUAACAGGAGUUGCAUUGUGUGGCUCUCUUUUGGGGCAGCUCUUCUUUGGCUGGCUGGGUGACAAACUCGGCCGAAAAAAGGUUUAUGGCAUAACCCUUGCCACCAUGGUGGGGUGUACCUUGGCAUCAGGACUUUCUUUUGGCUCCACAGCCAAAAGUGUGGUGGCUACUCUUUGCUUCUUCAGGUUCUGGCUAGGAUUUGGCAUAGGAGGAGACUAUCCUCUCUCAGCUGUUAUAAUGUCUGAAUGUGCCAAUACGAAGACUAGGGGAGCUUUUGUUGCUGCUGUUUUUGCUAUGCAAGGGGUGGGAAUAUUGUUUGCUGGAGGUGUAGCCAUGUUGGUCUCCAAAUUGUUCCUAUGGGCUUAUCCAGCCUGCGUUUAUGCAGUUAAUCCAGUGCAAUGUACUCAGCCACAAGGAGACUUUGUUUGGAGAAUAGUGCUAAUGUUUGGUGCAUUUCCUGCUGCAUUCACUUAUUACUGGAGAAUGAAAAUGCCAGAAACUGCAAGAUACACUUUCUUAGUGGAAGGAAAUCACAAGAAGGCUGUUGAAGAUAUGGCCAAAGUUCUUGAAAAUGAUGUACCUUUAGAAGAAUCAAAUAUCAGGGUUGCUGCCACUGCCACACCUAGUCUCUCUUAUGGAUUCAUCUCUUCAGAGUUUCUUGAGAAACACGGCCUUCACCUUCUAGGAACAACCAGCACCUGGUUCUUCUUGGAUAUUGCCUUCUACAGUCUUCAGCUAACACAACAAGAUAUUUACCCUGCGACUGGGUUUUUACCCAAUGCUUCCCAAAUGAAUGGCAUAGAGGAGGUGUUUCAACUCUCCAAAGCAAUGUCUGCAGUGGCACUGUUUGCCACUGUCCCUGGAUACUGGUGCACAGUGUACUUCAUUGACAAGAUUGGAAGGUUCAAAAUCCAACUUGGCGGAUUUUUUGCUAUGUCUGUUUGCAUGCUGUUUUUGGGACUCAAUUAUACAAAAUAUAGGGAAGAUGAACGCAACCCAGAUGAAAAUUAUGAUGAUAGUGCUGGCAAAAACACCCUCUUUGUCAUUCUUUUUGAAGUCACCCUUUUCUUUUCAAACUUUGGACCCAAUAGCACAACAUUUAUAGUGGCGGCAGAGCUAUUCCCUGCCAGAUUCCGUUCAACAUGCCAUGGGAUAUCAGCAGCAGCUGGUAAAGCAGGAGCUAUCAUUGGUGCUUUUGUUGUGCAAAGCUAUAUAAAUAGUACACAAGACAAAUCAGAAGCUAUGAAGACCGCGCUUAUGACACUUUCAGUGGUGAAUAUGCUAGGAUUCCUCUGCACUUUCUUAGUGCCAGAAACACGAGGUCGGUCACUUGAAGAAAUCUCUGGAGAAGAUAAAGAACUCACUGGCAAUAUUGCUCAAGACAAUGCAAACGAGAAAACAACUGAUACAGAAAAGGAAACCAAAAACUCUAACGCUGAUAUAAGUCCAGCAAACUCAAUGGUUUAGCUAAUCUUAAUACCCCAACUAGAAGCUUCAAUAAUAAGAAGGUGCAAAAAGGAUAAUGUUUGUUUCAGUUUCACGUUUCUGUGUUCUGCUUGUCUUUUAGUUUCCCCUUUAUAUUGUUGUCUAAGAGAUUAAAGAAUAGUAAUGUUUGCGUGGUGUGGUUGCUAGAAUAAGAGCUUCUUCGUUAACUGUGCGAAUGUGUUUGCACCAGUAGAAGAACCAAAAUGAAUACUUAUACUGUAAUCUCUGCACCUAGUGCUUCUGUUUUUACCAUAUUAAGGUGUUGGACAUUCAGUUAAAGUCUCAACUUUAAAAAACAUAUUUUGACGGAU